AUGACUCAAGAUAAAAAAAUAUCAGUUGCAUUCAUUUGCUUAGGUAACUAUUGCCGUUCUCCUAUGGCUGAAGCAGUAUUCCAACAUACAGUCAAACAAAAUAAUGUAGAGGAUCGUUUCGAUGUGAUUGAUUCUUUUGCUACCAGUAAUUAUCAUGUUGGUAACACACCUGAUAGUCGUACUGUGUCGACUUGCAAAAAAUAUGGUAUUCCAAUUGAUCAUCGUGGCCAACAAAUUAAGGCCAGUACAUUCGAUAAAUUUGAUUACAUCAUCGGUAUGGACGAAAUGAAUAUGAAAAAUUUGAAAAAAGUUCAACCAAAGGAUUCAAAAGCUAAACUAUGUCUCUUUGGAGAAUGGAACACCGAUGGCAAGUUUGAUACCAUCAUUGAGGACCCUUACUAUGGUGGCAUUGAUGGGUUUGACUAUAACAUCAAACAAAUUACAUACUUCAGUGAACAAUUUUUAAAGCAAGAAUUGUAA